AUGGCGUUUGCCAAGUUACCCGAGUCUGCAUACGAUGGGUUCACCAGGCAAGACUACCUCUCCCUCCUGGACGACGUGAGGUUCAAAGCCCUGCGCUUUGCCAAGCUUAGCUCGACGACCCCGUUUAGCGACCUGCGCGCGCAGAGCUAG